UGCAAUUCCAAAGUUUUACGUCGUUCUUAUAACAAAUCUUCGGUUGGUUUUGAGAAAUUUUUAUCAAGGCUUAUUCUUGCAACAACGAAAGAUAUUCCAGAAACUGUAGAACGAGUUGAGAAAGUUGCUUGUACCAUCUUUUAUUCUUGUUAUAGUAGGCAUAGUUGGCUCAAAAAUGUAUACGUUGGGCAACAAGGAGAAUAUUUGGAAUUUGUUCAUGAUCUUCACACUCCAAAAAUUAUGGUGUCCAAAAAUAAUGGAAAGGAAUAG